AUGGAUUCGUUAGAUGAUAAAGAUAUCGAAGCUGCUCGAGUGUUGAUUGCGCUCGCUGAAACUGCGAGAAGAGAAGGAUCUCGUCGUGCACAGCCCUCGGUUGAUCCCAGAAGGCGUAGUCGGCAAGGUGAUCCUAUGGAUAUCGAUACCCCUCAUCUUGAGCAGAACCAAGCUCUGCAGGCCUAUCUGUUUCGACAGCAACUAAUAGCAGGGAUCGCACCUGAGAAUAUGAUAUCAAUGAGGAGUCCCAGGCCUGGCCACCCUCAGGAUUCAGUCGUCAACAAGCCAAACGACCCGUCUGUGAUGCAAAUCACACAUGACGGUAUUGUGAUCCCCAAUAUACCACCGGCAAGGUUCACCGGUGUCCUCCACCCACUUCCCACUCAGGCAGCUCAGGCAGCUCAGGCAGUUCAGGGUCACCGCGCCGCUGUCCCUCUUCAAAGGCGAUCGACGUGCCGUCGCGCUGGCGUAGGCCUGAUAAAACAGUCAGCAUCUGGGAUUCGAACCCAAGUUGUUCAAAGCAGAAAUCCUGUGUCUCAUGAAGGAUCGAGUGCUUCAGGAGCACAUCAAUUUAGACAUCAUGUCUCUGAAAAUCCUCACCAGCAAAUUUCGAGAGGUGGGAUUCGAAGUAGAGGGGCUCGGUGUUCUGGACAGCAAAAUAACCAUCUUGCCUUGUCUGAUCAACAGGAUAGACCACAGCGUCGAAUCCAACUUUUCCCUACCCUGUCCCGCGGCUCGAUCAGCGCUAUGUCAUUACCUCGUAAUGAUGUCCCUCCAGAGAAUGAUACCAAGGCUUCGAAGAGCAUAGACCUCCCACAUAAUGGCUUUGACAUUCUUCUGGCCUUCACGUAUCAUCAAGCAGUAGCUUUGGAUUUCACGGAGUAUCUCGAAGUUGAGGAUCUUAUCCUCUUGUUCACUAUCUCCAAGCCUUUCAAUCAGUUCGUGAAGAAAUAUUGUUCAGAAAUCGUGAUACGCCAGGCGACGCAGAAAGCUCCCGAAUCUGCGCAAAUCUUUCCGUUCAGAUGCUAUCCAAGCUUGUGCAUCGAUUACACAAAUGUCAGACAGCAAUCCAUUCCUACUCAGGACAUUGGUAGCGAAAGCAACCUUGCGCCUUCAUUUCGCUGGCUGCAAAUGAUCUUGUACCGCGAGGCAGCUGUUCAACACAUCAUGGCCAAGAUGCUCCAAGCAGGUCAUGGAUUACCCAAACGAUGUGAGCCAGCCAUAAAGAAGAUCUGGUUCCUUAUGGAUAUCCCGGACAAUAAACGUCGUAAUUGGACCGUGGACAACUGCAACUUGUGGGAAAAUAUCGACAUCUUCUUCGCCGUGCUCUUCAUUGCCCAGCUCGAUACGGCGUUAAAGCAAAAACGCACGACUAUCAAGGGCCGUUUGUUCCGUCUAUUGAUGGCUCAACCUACGUUGACCUUGCUUUGGGACGUGAUGAAAGACAUUGCUCUCCGGAACGAGUUCGAGAUUCUCAAAGCCUUUGUCCGCUGGAAAUACACUCCAUUGCCCCACGAGACUGAACUCUACGUUUAUGGAGUUCCUCCUCAAGACGUCGGAGCACUCCAAUAUGAAGGGUAUGGUCGCGAUGAAAGAUCCAUUAAACUUAUGCGGCCAGAUGAACUCAUACUAAGAGAAAUGAACAGAAGGCACCUUGAUCUCAGUGAGAUGUACAAGGAUAUCUUCAUGUGGGGCAAUGUGGCUCCCUAUUAUUCGCGGUCCACCCAAGCUGUUGCUUUGUGGGAUGAAGAAAUGAAGCGUGAGGCUGAAUUUCAGGGUAUGGACUGGCAGGAGGCUGUGAGUUUGGAUCGCCUGGGCCUUGACCAGGAGGUCAACGACGUUCAUUCAAGACCCAUGCCUUGA